CUUCUUCCUUUAUUUUUUUUUCUUGUUGGGUACUUGAAAGCAGACAGAUAUGGAGAGAGAGAAAAGCAAUCAGGCUUCUCUUCUAAUGUGGGCUUUGGUUGCUGCAUUCCUUUCUCAGAACUUGCUGAUUUCUGUCAUGUCUACUGCAAGUGUUGAAGAUCAAAAGACCUACUACUCUCCAGACCCGCAUGCAGGAAGUCACCAUAGAGGUUCACACAGAAGUCCACCACAUGGUUCAGGAGGUAGCUACGGAGGCACACCACCCAUUCAUGGAACCCCCUCACAUGGAGGCAGUGGCAGCUAUGGAAGCAGUCCACCGGCUAACUGUGAAAACCCCCCAAGUGGAGGACAUUAUGAUCCAACUCCGAGCACUCCAACGACACCUUCAAUACCAUCCAUUACUCCACCAACCAUCAUAAGUCCACCAACCAUUACUCCACCAGUCACCAUAAGUCCACCAACCACUCCUAUCGACCCCGGCACCCCAAGCACUCCGGGUGGUGGAUACUAUAACUCUCCUCCAACCUCCGGCGGCAGCACUCCAACGGCACCUUCAAUACCAUCCAUCACUCCACCAACCACUCCUAUCUACCCAGUCACCCCAAGCAGUCCGGGCACCCCGACCAUUCCCGGAAUUUCAACACCAUCGCCUCCAUUUGAUCCUAACUCGCCCUUUACUGGUACUUGCAAUUUCUGGAGCACUAACCCAGGACUCAUAUGGGGUCUGUUUGGCUGGGCGGGAACACUCGGUGGCGCAUUCGGCACGCCUAGCCUUCCAGGGACCGGGGCGAGCAUGAGCUUGCAGGAAGCACUUUCAAACUCUAAUACCGACGGCCUCGGGGCUCUGUACCGAGAAGGCACAGCUUCUUUGCUGAACUCCAUGGUGAACAGGAGGUUCCCAUACACAACCACCCAAGUCAGGGACAGUUUCGUCCGAGCACUCGGCUCGAACAAGGCGGCAGCAGCUCAGGCACAUCUCUUCAAGCUGGCAAACGAGGGUCGACUCAAGCCUAGAGCCUGA